AUGUGUAAAAGUUUUUCUAGUAGUGAUGAUUAUGAUCACAUUUAAAAUGGUAGAGAUUGGCCUAAUAUUCAUGAAUAUUGCUUUGGAAAAUAAACAUAAUCUUCAGUUAAUCUAGAUAAGAAUUAUACAAAAAGCAAAUUUAGAAGACUUAAUCUUUAAUUUUAGGAAGAUGACAUAAACUUUUUUCACAAAUACAAACCAACAUGA